CUCCAACACCACCAUUGUCCGCUUUCCAUGCCUGCUCUAACCAUCUCGUUUCGACAUCACCACAUAUUCUUAUGAUGGAGGAGCCAUUUCGUAAGAGGCCGCGCCUCUCCAUAUUCGCCAGCCGACCCUCCGACCCGAGCCUUGAUGAGGAUCUGGACACCAGACGGUUAAGAAAUGACCUUUUACUGAAGUCGCGGUUUGAAUCGAUCUUUGAAAAGUAUUCUCACGACUUUUCCGGCGUUGGUGACGAGAUUGACAUGGAUUCUAUGUCCAUAGUCGUGAACAAUGGUCAUGUGCAGUCGAUGGAAAAUGAGACGGACCCAGGAGGCGCAUACACUGCAAAAGGGAAAUCGUUGCUAAAAGCAAUGACUCAGGUUCAAGACGGUACAAACGAGUAUUUCAACGAGGGCGCAGACGAAGUCAUCAUGAGUAUCGAGGAAAUCGCGGAGAAUGCUGCACUAGCAGAUGACAACCAGGGAAUGGAAUCAGUGGACAGCGACGACGAACUAUUUGUACCCCUUGUUGCUCGCGCAUCGUACGUUGCUCCUCCUGGUUCAAGAGAAAGCCAAAACACUGUCCAGUCUCGCCUGAUCGACUCCGACGAUGACUCCCUUUUUGGAGGGGCGCAACCGGCGGAAAGAUCAACGAGUCCCGAUUCUCUAUUCCAAGUCCAACUGGAAGACUUCCCCAAUCCGAAGACCACAGAUUCGCCACUCGAUUUCGAAACUCUCGAUGCUGAAGUAGGCGACAAGGCUAUCCUUGAGAAGUUUGGUCCUAGCCUCGGUCCAGAGGUGAUGGCAAUUAUACAAAGAGCUAGAAAGCUUGCUACUCAAGCCCAUAUCGAGCCGGCCUGGCGUCUCCCCACAGAUCUCGUUCCUCCGGUGCUACCCACCUCUGCUUCGAAGCCCAAGACGCAAUUGGUCCCGAUAUCUAGUUCACCAGGUCGGCCAACUACCUCUUCGGAUGCUGCCGAGUCUCUCUGGAAGCCGGUUAGACACCGGUCAUCCAAGAGAGUCGUGCGUCAAGCCGCCGUGAGGCGACGUGCCAGAGCCGAGUCGGCGGAUCCGCUUCAAGAGGGGUUUUCUGAUCGGCAGGAUGAAGAAGUGAGCAUCGAUAGCGAAGAAGAGACGAAAAGAGAACCCGACAAGAAAACUCAAGACGACGACCAGGUCGUGCAGAUGAGAAAAGGAUCCUGUUUUUAUUGCUCUCGCCAGUGGUCUUCCAGGGCAGGUGUCUUCAAACAUUGGGCCAAAUUGGCAAAGGAUUAUGACAAGGGCGACAUAGAUGACGACGAGGUGCAUGACCUGGAGUACAUCCUUGGUUAUGUGUCAUACAGCACUCGGCCGCGGCGUCUGCCGAGAUUAAUCCUUUCCGAUUAUAAGACAUUGGUUGAAUUGCGCGAGGGUGCAGGAUUGACCUUCGAUGAAAUCGCGGAGUGCCGAGCCCUUCGAACUCAUAAGACUGGACUCGCUCUCAACGACGUCUACGACCGAUACCGAACACCGUCUGGUCUUUCCAGCGACGAUUCAAGGGAAUGGUCGGCGCAGGAACUGAGCAUCUUGGAGGAACUCUGUCAAGACUCAAGACGAGACAUUGGUACGCUUUCGUCCCAUUUUGAACAUCGCCACGCCACCGAGAUCGCGAACAAGUUGGCUGAAACUUGGCUGACAAGGCUCUGGAGUUCGGGUGGAAAAAGACCUACCGCAUCAACAGCGCGGCCAAGGACCUCGCCACUGAGAUCUGACGAAAACCAAACGGAACAUGGUGAGCAGGGAGAUUUGCUGCUGGAUCCUAUAUUUGUCAAAGUGGAGCCUGAUUCCGACGACGAGCUGUUUGGUUGAAGAUGAAAAAGUUGGAGGGAGCUUGCUUCAGUCCAGCUUUCUGCCUUCAAGGAUAUCCUCGACGGUCGUGCGUGCCUCCCCUCCAAUCUCACCUAUGCGAGCCCAGAACUUGGAGAGGUGGCGCAUGCCAGAGUCACACAGAAUCGUGACGACUGUAUGACCAGGCCCUAGUUUGAGAGCCGUUUGUAAAGCAGCGACACCUUCGUGUUGGGGAUCAAUCAGCUGAGCAAGACACAUGGUGCGGGACAGGGAAGAUCUUACAAUUGACUGCGCUGCUACUCCCCACAAAGAUGCCAUCCCUCUCGACCAACAGCCUCGCCAUAUUCAUCGCCUGCUGAUCGCUCACUUUGACGGCAUCGUCAAUCAACUCUCUCCCCUGCUCGAAAUUGAGCGUUGAGCGAGUCAAACCAAUUCCUUCCACAAUCGUAUCGACCUGAUCUCUUCUCCUUGUCCCCUCUUUCUCCAGCGAGUGAAACAUGACACCAUGUUUGAUUUUGUUAUACAGACCCGAACCGUGAGGGUCUGCAAGGACAACUCGAACGUCUGGUAGCUUUUCUUUAAGAUAGGUGGCCACACCUGAAAUCGUUCCUCCAGUCCCUGCGCCUGCGGC